AUGAAGUUUCACUUUGGCAAGCGGCACCUAGGCGAGAUUUUGGACAACAAGACCUUGUGCUCGUUUGGCAAGGACUACCGGCCAGCGGCGUUUCCGAUGAAGGGAAACGACCGUUUGCCACUGGGAUUCUUGAUGGUGGAGCUGCUCAGAGAGAACCGCAGACGGCCCGUGCAGCGCCUCGUCAGGCAGGUAGAUGUGAUGGAAGAACCGAUUCACGGUGGUACCCACCUGGACUCACCACUGCACUUCUACAAGGAUGGCUGGGAUGCCUCUCAGAUACCGCUCGAGAGGCUGCUUUUUUUGCCAGUGGCAUCCGUGGACGUACGGUCACGGGCAGAGUUAAAUCCAGACUACCUGCUGUCCGUGGACGAUAUCUUAGAAUGGGAAGAUGAGUACGGGCGCCUGCCAGACGGCUGCCUCUUCCUGGCUCACACUGGGCACUCCAAGCACUGGCCUAAUCGCACGGCGUACAUGGGCAUAGACGGGAACGGUGACAAGCACUUCCCAGCGCUACAUCCGGAAGCGGCGUCCUUCCUAGCUGCGAAGCGCAGCGUUUACGGCGUAGGCCUGGACACGCCCUCUGCGGACGCCGGCAACGGUUCUACAGCGCAUCGAGCCCUGAUGAGCAUCAACGUGUUUGUCCUGGAAAACCUUGUUGGUCUGGAAAAGUUACCGGCCCGGGGAGCGUACGCGCUUGUGCUUCCGCUUAAGCUCGACGGCGCCAGCGGUUCACCUGUACGCGUGGUCGCCCUAGUGCCAUGA